AUGCCAAUCCCUGUUCGGAGUGUAACUAAAAAACCUAGCGAGAUGAUGAGGCUUUUCAUGACAACAUUUGUUGGAAUAAUAUUUGGCUUCUUUUUGGGAAUAUCCUUUCCAACGCUGUCGUUAUCUAAGAUGAAUCUCCCUUCCAGUCUGUUUCCUUCCAUCGAUCUUACAUAUAUUGAGGACAAAUACUCUGGUCUUUCAAAGCAAGCACUAUUCAAUGCUUGGUCUUCUCUAAAGGGUAACAAAGGCAUCUCUCCUCUACUUCCCAGAUACAAUGAGACAGAGAUCUGGGUUCCAACAAAUCCUCGAGGUGCCAAAAGACUACCCCCUGGUAUAGUUGCAUCUGAAUCAGAUUUCUACCUCCGCCGACUUUGGGGUCUGCCUAAUGAGGACCUGACCAUCCAACCAAAAUAUCUCUGUUCUCUUUCUCAAUUAUGUGUAUUGUCUCAGUUCUCCGAAAACUUCACCAUUGUGUUGUUUCACUAUGACGGACGGACAACCGAAUGGGAUGAGUUUGAGUGGUCAAAGCGAGCUAUUCACAUCAGUGCUCCCAAACAAACAAAGUGGUGGUAUGCCAAACGUUUUCUUCAUCCUGACAUUAUUGCUCCCUAUGACUAUAUUUUUCUUUGGGAUGAGGACCUUGGGGUGGAACAUUUUAACGCAGAGGAAUACAUUAAACUGGUAAGGAAACAUGGUUUGGAGAUUUCACAGCCUGGUUUAGAUCCAGAUAGAGGGACAACAUGGGCAAUGACAAAGAGAAGAGAUGGUGUUGAAGUGCACAAGGACACUGAGGAGAAGCCCGGUUGGUGUACUGAUCCACAUUUGCCUCCAUGUGCAGCAUUUGUUGAGAUCAUGGCAACUGUAUUUUCUCGAGGUGCAUGGCGUUGUGUUUGGCACAUGAUUCAGAAUGACUUGGUUCAUGGUUGGGGUCUAGAUUUCGCUAUGAGGAAAUGUGUUGAGCCUGCUCAUGAGAAAAUAGGAGUUGUGGAUGCUCAGUGGAUCGUCCAUCAAGGUGUUCCUUCACUUGGGAGUCAGGGGGAAGCACAGAAAGGAAGGGCAGCAUGGGAAGGGGUGAGGGAGAGGUGUCGAAAAGAAUGGACAAUGUUUCAAGAUCGAAUGACUAAUGCACAGAAGGCCUAUUUCGAGACGAUGGGAAUUGAUCCUCCCAAUUCAACAGCUCGGUAG